AUGUGGACGGCCGGGGGGUGGGGGGCUGAUUCGCCACCCUCCGGCCCUCGGUCCUCCGCCCGCUGCAGGUCCAGGUCUCGGCCCUCCUCUGGCUCCUUCUCCGUCCUCACGGCGGACGCCCGGGGGCAGGGGCUGGAGCCGAUGACGGUGUGCUCACCGUCGCCGCCGCUGAGCUGCAGCAAUUCCACCACGUCGCUGUUGUCUCCCCUCGGCCACCAGAGCUUCCCGUUUGACUACGACGAUGGUGACGGGGAGGAUGAGGAAGACGUGGAUGAAGGUGCUCAUGAUUCACAGGCUAAGGUGGCGAGCCUGAGAGGAGUGGAGUUACAGGGGUGCGCCAGUGUGGCUGAAUCAGAAGAUAACCAAGAAGAACAGAAACAGGUGCACCUACCGGAAAGCCGCCUGACACCAUGGGAAGUGUGGUUUGUUGGCAAAGAAAAAGAAGAACGUGACCGUUUGCAACAGAAAGCUCUGGCGGAAUUAAAUCAACAGCUAGAAAAAAGAAAAGAAAUGGAAGAACGUGAAAAAAGAAAGGUAAUUGCUGAAGAAAAGCACAAGGAAUGGGUUCAGAAAAAGAAUGAACAGAAAAGAAAGGAAAGGGAACAAAAAAUUAAUAAGGAAAUGGAGGAAAAAGCAGCAAAGGAAUUGGAGAAAGAACAUUUGCAAGAAAAGGCAAAAGAAAAAUACCAAGAACGGUUAAAGAAGAAAAAUGCUGAAGAAUGUGAAAAGAAGAAGAAAGAAAAGGAAAAAGAAAAACAACAGCAAGCUGAAUUACAGGAAAAAAAGGAAAUAGAGAAAAGGUUUAAGGAAUGGUUGGAAAAUGCAAAAAAUAAACCUCGUCCAGCUGCAAAGAGCUAUGGUUAUGCCAAUGGAAAACUUACAGAUUUUUACAGUGGAAAUUCUUAUCCAGAACCAGCCUUUUAUAAUCCAAUUCCAUGGAAACCCAUUCAUAUGCCUCCUUCCAAAGAAGCUAAGGACCUAUCAGGAAAGAAGACUAAAAGGCCUGUGAUAAGUCAGCCACGCAGGUCAUCAUCCUCUCUGGUGGUUCAGAAAGCCAGAAGCAAUCUUUGCCUUGGGACUCUGUGCAGAAUACAAAGAUAGUGGGUGUGGGA